AAAAGUCGGCCGUCUUGAAACAGAGAAGCUCUUUCAGAGAGCGAUCGAUCGAGAGAGAGAGAGAGAUCGCCGGUUCACCUGGAUCGAGCCCGACCGCCGGCCAGGGCCGCGAAUCGGCCGCGGGAUCCGGGUAACCGGGAGCUCCAGGUUCCGCCCCCACUAGAAAGCCGGCCCGAUCCCUGCAACUUGACCGGGUCAACAGGCGAAACGGAGGGCUAAAAUUGGAGGAGGCGAUAAGGAUAACCGGCUGACAGCUGCCCUAACCGGUCCGUCAGGUCACUCGCUCGCGGUUUAUAUAUAUUCCCCCUCGACCGCCAUUAACUCGGUUCUCGCCUCUCUCUGCCCCCGCUCUCUCUCCCCGCCGGCCGCCGGACGGCCCGACGCCGACAAGGGAAUUCUGCUUGUUUAACGUUAUAUGGUUAAGCACAUUAUGAAAAUUUGGAUGCUUGAAUCGCUCGUUUUGAUUGCGUUAUUCGCUGCUCGUUGUAGAGAGGCUUUGACGUUGUGCAUGAACCCGCCACGGGGUAGGAAACAUGGACAUUGCUGUGAGCGUUUGAACAGCCAGCCAUGGCUUCCGGUUUGGACCCCGUGCCGCUGGCGCUGACGCGCCAGAAGACCGACCCGGCGUGGAAGCAUUGCCAAAUGUACAAAAGCGGGGAUAAAGUCCAGCUCAAGUGUUUGUAUUGCGGCAAACUUUUUAAGGGCGGGGGGAUUCAUAGGAUUAAGGAACAUCUCGCGGGUCACAAAGGUAACGCGUCCACUUGCCUGCGAACCCCGCCGGAUGUCCGGCAACAGAUGCAGCAGAGUUUGGAGGGGGUCGUCGCGAAGAGGCGGAGAAAGCAGAAGAUUGAUGAGGUCAUUUCCACUAUCAAUCCGCAAACUUCUAAUGAGGAGAUUGACGCAUUUGCCGUUCAAAGUGAUGCCAAUGGUAAGGCAUUGAGUCCCAUUCGAGCUGCUGCACUUGACUUUGUCAAGGUUCACAAUGAAAGUGCCGACCCAAAUUCGAAUUCGUAUAUUAACCAAGAAGGUGGUGUUAACAAGAGUGGCGUGAGGAGAAAGAGAGCCAAAGGAAAGAGUAUUCCUGCAACUCCCGAAGGCGUGAAUCUCAGUUGCAUGGCUUUGAGCACGAAAAGGGUAAAUAGUGAAAUUCAUACAGCAAUAGGCCGAUUCUUUUAUGAUAUCGGGGCAUCUUUAGAUGCGGUGAACUCGGUUUAUUUCCAACCAAUGUUUGAUGCAAUUGCUUCUGGUGGACCAGAUGUACUACCACCCACAUAUAAUGACCUUAGAGGCCCUAUUCUGAAGACUGUACUUGACGAAGUCAAGAAUGAUACGACUAACCACACUGCAGCUUGGGGGAAAACAGGCUGCUCGUUGAUGGUUGAGCAAUUGACCACGGAGAUGGGCAGAACAUUUCUGAGUUUUUUUGUCUACUCACCAGAAGGAAAAGUGUUCCUAAAAUCUGUUGAUGCAACUGAUUUCGUGCAUUCCUCAGAUAUUUUGGUUGAAGUGCUCAAGCAGGUAGUAGAAGAAGUAGGUGUAAAAAAUGUAUUGCAAGUGAUUACAAAGGGUGAAGAACAAUACAUGGUUGCUGGGAAAAAGUUGAUGGAUAUCUUCCCUACUCUGUACUGGAGUCCUUGUGCAGCUGAGUGCAUUGAUUUGAUACUCAAAGAUUUUGAGAACCUUGAAUGGAUCAGUGCAGUUAUUGAACAAGCUCGUUCUAUCACAAGGUUUAUAUAUAAUCAUGCUGUUGUUCUGAAUCUUUUGAGAAGGUAUACCUUUGGUGAUGAUAUAAUAGAAAUUGCGGGAAGUCGUUCUGCUACUAAUUUCGCAACUUUGAAAAGGAUGGUUGAUCUUAAACCCAAUUUGCUGGCCAUGGUCACUUCACAGGAAUGGGUUGAUUGCCCGUAUGCAAAGAAAAAGGAGGGUCUGGAACUGUUAGAUUAUGCAAAUAACGAAUCAUUCUGGUCCUCUUGCAUUCUCAUCACCCGUCUAACAAGUUCACUCAUCCGGCUUCUUAAAAUUGUUAGCAGUGGGAAGAGGCCUGCAAUGGGAUAUGUUUAUGCAGGAAUGUACAAGGCAAAAGAAGCAAUUAAGAAGGAACUCCUGAAAAGGGAAGAUUAUGUGGCUUACUGGGACAUAAUAGAUCACCGCUGGGAGCGCCACUGGAGUCUUCCGCUUCAUGCGGCAGGAUUCUACCUAAACCCCAAAUUUUUUUAUAGCAUUGAGGGAGAUAUACCCAGUGAGAUUAUUUCAGGGAUGUUUGACUGCAUAGAGAGAUUGGUUACUGAUACAAAAGUUCAGGAUAAAAUUAUCAAAGAGAUAAAUUCCUACAAAAGUGCUGCUGGAGAUUUGGGGAGGAAGAUGGCGGUUAGAGCUAGAGAAAGUAUACUUCCUGCUGAAUGGUGGUCGACAUAUGGAGGAGGUUGCCCAAAUUUGACGCGAUUAGCAAUGCGAAUUCUAAGUCAGACUUGCUGUGCAAUCGGAAGUCAAAGGAACCUUAUCUCUCUUGACCAAAUACAUGAAUCGAGGAAUUGCUUAGAGCAUCAACGACUCAGUGACCUGGUCUAUGUCCACUACAACUUGCAGCUGAGGAAAGUCGGCAAUGUGGGAGGAGGUCCCAUGGACCCCAUUUCAUUUGAAAGCCGAAAUCUUGUAAAAGACUGGAUUGUGGGUAAAGAUUCGAGUGUGGAGGAAUAUUCGAGUUCAGAUUGGAUGGCGCUUGAUCCUCCUUCAGCGAGGUCGCUGCUUGUAGGAGCUGCAACUGGUGAGACUGAAGACUUGGAUACAGGUUUCAAUGAUUAUGAAAUCUUGAAUAGAGCGAAGGAUGGAGAAGACGAUAAUGUUGAGGACAAUGCUGCAAACUAGUGGAGCAGCAUACCAAGGUCUAAGUUGUUACCACCUGUAUAUGUACUGAUGCUAGAUUCAGGCUUUUUAGUGAAGUAGUGAGCUGUACAUUACAUUUUUAUUGAUAGCUGGGAAAGAUUGACAUAUAUUGGAUGAAUGUGGGUUAAGAUAAACUCGGAUUAGCAUAUCAGUUUUAUUAGGCGGAAUUGUAAUGCAGAGUUGAGAUUUCCUCAAGUUCAUUGUUCACAAAUGGAGCUUUAUUAUUCUUCCUUUUCUUCUUCAA